UCCCAAUUGAACUCCUCUCUCUUCCUCUCUCUCUCUCUCCCCUAAACCCUAGAUCCAGGGUCUCUUCUCUUCCCUUCUCUCUCUCUCUCUCUCCAAAAUUUUUCAUUUAUUUUUGCUUUAAUUUCACAGAUACCUCAGUCACUCCCCAAAACCUGAAUCUCUCUCUCUCUCCCAGAGCACAAAGGAAGAUGGGUGAAGUGAAGGACAACGACUACGAGGAAGAGCUCGUCGACUUCGAAGACGAUGACCCCAAGGCCCCCGACUCCGCCUCAGCUAGACCUCUCGCUGAUACCGCCAAGAAGGGCUAUGUGGGGAUUCACAGUUCGGGAUUCAGAGACUUCCUGUUGAAACCAGAGCUUCUCCGAGCCAUUGUGGAUUCAGGAUUUGAACAUCCAUCAGAAGUGCAACACGAGUGUAUCCCCCAAGCUAUCUUAGGAAUGGAUGUCAUCUGUCAAGCGAAAUCUGGGAUGGGGAAAACUGCUGUCUUUGUUCUAUCGACUCUGCAGCAGAUUGAACCCGUGGCUGGUCAAGUUGCUGCUCUCAUUCUUUGCCACACAAGAGAACUUGCUUACCAGAUCUGUCAUGAAUUUGAGAGGUUCAGUACCUAUUUGCCUGACAUCAGGGUUGCUGUCUUCUAUGGUGGUGUCAGUAUCAAGACUCACAAGGAUAUGCUAAAAAAUGAAUGCCCUCAUGUUGUGGUUGGGACUCCUGGAAGAAUAUUGGCCCUGGCAAGGGAUAAAGAUCUUGGAUUAAAGAAUGUUCGGCAUUUUGUUCUUGAUGAGUGUGAUAAGAUGCUAGAAUCACUUGACAUGAGGAGAGAUGUGCAGGAGAUCUUCAAGAUGACUCCUCAUGACAAGCAAGUAAUGAUGUUUUCAGCAACUCUUAGUAAAGAGAUCCGUCCUGUUUGCAAAAAAUUCAUGCAAGAGCCGAUGGAAAUUUAUGUUGAUGAUGAGACCAAGUUGACUCUUCACGGUCUUGUACAGCACUAUAUUUUAUUGAAGGAGGGAGAGAAAAACCGCAAAUUGAAUGAUCUUCUUGAUGCAUUAGACUUCAACCAAGUUGUCAUUUUUGUCAAAAGUGUAAGUAGAGCCGCUGAGCUGAACAAGUUACUUGAGGAGUGUAACUUCCCCUCUAUCUGCAUCCAUUCAGGAAUGGCUCAGGAGGAAAGGUUGAAGCGUUACAAGAAUUUCAAGGAGGGGCAAUCAAGAAUUCUUGUGGCAACAGAUUUAGUAGGAAGGGGGAUCGAUAUAGAGCGUGUUAACAUUGUUAUUAACUAUGACAUGCCAGAUUCUGCUGAUACAUACCUGCACAGGGUGGGCAGGGCUGGUAGGUUCGGGACCAAGGGGCUUGCAAUUACAUUUGUUUCAUCUGCUGCUGACUCCGAUGUUCUUAAUCAGGUUCAAUCAAGGUUUGAGGUGGACAUUAAGGAGCUUCCUGAGCAAAUUGACACGUCAACCUACAUGCCAUCAUGAUGGAUUGGUUUUUUGAUGACGAACCAAUCAGAGACAUUAGCGGGCAGAGUUGUUGUAGUCGUACUAUUGUUUUUAAUGUACAAUAUUCAUGUUUGUCUGAUUAUUACUCUUUUCUCCCUUUGUUUUGGAACUUGUAAUUCUGGGCCUAGCUAAAUUGCUGAUGCGAUAUUAUUAUGUAUCAAUACUAAUUUAUUAGAUGCUAAAUUUUUGUUUC